GAACGACACAGAAUUUCAUCGCACAUAAUAGACAUAUCCUUCGGACUUUCACCAUUCGAUACAAGCUAUACUCAAAAACAACGCAACCGCGAUCUCAUAUAAUUUACCGCAAUCGCAAGCAUGAGUGCGCCACCUGCCAAGUUCGAUGCCGAAAAGGCAGACAAUUUUGAAGAUGUAAGUUGUCCGCCAUUAUUGAGAAACAAUUUGCAGUCAAAGCUGUUCAACAUAUGUCCACAUACUGGGCAAUCCUUGAAAAAGUCCGCGGAUCCUCUCUCAGACUCACAAAAAUCGACAACGAGAUCUAUGAACAUUUGAUGACGGAUUUCCCAGAGCUUGAUCCGGCAGCCACAAUCAAUGAGGAUGAAAUGAAGAGCAAGACAGGAAAAGAGAGGUGGAGAAAUUUCAUGAUGAAAUAUGAAAAGACCGUGGAGGAUUACAAUUUUGGAACAAUGUUGAGAACAAGUCCAAAAUCUGAAUAUGAACAAGACGCAACCAUCUUUGUCCCUAGAAUGCAAUUCUAUGCCUACGAGAUUGCAAGGAACCGCAAAGGUUUGAAUGACUGGAUCUACGAAAAAGAGCACCCAGAGGCCGAGAAGAAGGCUGCUUAGGAGAAUGAUUCAUACAAUAAAUUCCGUUUAAAACAUUAUACCCUCGAUCACUGGAAAUACUAUUUAGCAUUAUAGUCUAUAGCCGUGGUGCAAUCAUUCACGUGAGAAAUCGAAGUCGGCUCUUUCUUAUACACCAACGCAGCACGUUGUCAGUCAUUUGAGAUCUGAGUUUUUUGUUUUUGACCUGGUUCUAAACUAUAUGGCGGUCAAUUUACAUGGGCAUCAGUAUCCAGUGCUCCCAGGAAUCCAGCAGACGUUCGAUUUGAGCAAGGACAACCUGUAAUUCUGCAACCCUCACUUUUAUAACCGGGAAUCCUGUACCCUGCAUCUCUACGACCUGUAUUUCA